AUGCGCUGUACACGUCUAGUGUGCACUGCGACGCCGGAGAAGUUCAGCAUCCUUGGGACCACCCAUCCUAAGCCAAAACGCAAUGGCCUGGGCCGUGACAACAAGAUGCGCAGCAAGCCUAGCGAUAACGUGGCGUGGUACGACAAGGGUCCUGUGGAGUGGCUUCCGCGCCCCGUCCGGCUCACUUACGAUCAGCUCGACCAACUGCGCGACUGGAUGAUGCGCGAGACUAUUGCUGGACGCAUGGAGGAGUUCAGCAAGAUCCGCCACCUGCACCGGGAAUGGUCGCAGCACCCGCUCAUGCCAGUGCUUGGCGACGUUGAGCCGAAGUUCCCGCUCAACUUGUACAAGCAGAACCAUCGCGCAAAGCGGCGCUUCCUGGUGCGUUGGCACAAGGCAAACAGUCCAACGCAUUGGAUGUGGAUGCCGCGUGGUCCCGCGGUGGCGACUCCGCUCCACCGCACAAGCCCUUCACAAUUUCCGGAGCAGUGGAGGCAACUGAAGCGCAAUACUAGCAGCAGUGGUAGUAGCACCGUAGCUCAAUAA